UGCCUCAGCGGCACCAGACCGGCGGGUUUGCCCGGGCAGCUGCACCGUGGGAAGCCCUGCGCCGAGAAUGCAGGAAGGAGAACUGAGAUAUACUACAGUAAGAAAAACAGUAUGAUGGAUUCAGAAGGUUCUGCCCCGACGAAUUCAAAGGAAUAUUUAAGCAAUGACAUAAUGGCUACCUCUGGUAAACAUUAUCUUUGUGGCUACUGUGCGGCCUUCACAAAUAUAGCAGUCACUUUUCCCAUCCAGAAGGUCCUCUUUCGACAGCAGUUGUAUGGCCUGAAAACAAAGGAUGCAGUACAUCAGCUGCAGAAGGAUGGAAUUCGAAAUCUCUAUCGUGGCAUCCUUCCUCCAUUAAUGCAGAAAACGACAACGCUGGCUUUAAUGUUUGGCUUGUAUGAAGAUUUCUCCUCCCUGCUCCAUAGCCACACGAGUGCUCCUGAACUACUCACUCGCAGCAUGGCAGCAGUGCUUGCAGGGACCACAGAAGCUGUUCUUACACCUUUUGAGCGAGUUCAGACUUUGCUUCAGGAUUACAAACACCACGAUAAAUUUACAAACACUUACCAGGCUUUCAAGGUACUGAAAGUCUAUGGGAUGAGAGAAUAUUAUCGGGGAUUGGUGCCUAUUCUGCUCCGAAAUGGACCCAGUAAUGCACUCUUCUUUGGCCUACGGGGACCUAUCAAACAGUGUCUGCCUGAAGCAACUUCGUACAGCACUCAUUUGGUCAAUGACUUUAUCUGUGGAGGGCUGUUGGGUGCCAUGCUGGGAUUCUUGUUUUUCCCAGUGAAUGUUGUAAAAACUCGCAUGCAAGCUCAAAUUGGUGGUGAAUUUCAGUCCUUCUCAAAAGUCUUUGUGAAGAUCUGGCUGGAACGUGAUAGAAAACUGAUCCACCUUUUCAGAGGAGCCCAUCUGAAUUACCAUCGUUCUGUCCUGUCCUGGGGCAUAAUCAAUGCAACCUAUGAAUUCUUGCUAAAGCUAUUGUGAAAACCACUAUCUUCCUUCGGCUCUCUUGUUCAUUUGUGUAUUGGCACAUAUGAUGUUACUUAAUCCCAGGGAACAGUGCCUGCGUAGUGUGAAAGGUAAUUAGUCUUGGCCUUCAAUAUUUAUGGGAUGAAUGGUGAUGCAUCUAAACCUUGGUGCAAUUAAGAUGAACUUCUUAAAGUAUUUAUCUGUUGGCAGGUGAGUUUACCCAUAAUGGAGCUACUAGACAAAUACAAGUUUUUUUUAAAAAAAGACUUGUAUUAGUCCAGCGGCUUAUUCUGUAUCACUCCCAAAAUUUGUUAACGCUCCGUGAUGGAAUGUGCUCCACUGUCCACAUUGUAGAACAUGAAAAUCAAGGAGGGACUGAUGAAAAUUGAUUCCCUUGCCUGAUAAACUUCAAAAUCUCAAUUUAAGAACUGCAUUUUCAAAUGUUUUAGGGUCCUAAGUAGUCCUUAUUGUUUAAAGCUAAAAGGACGGAUCCAGAUGAGGAUGACUGAAGUUUAGAACUUCAAGCUUAAACUAAGCCUAUGCAAACUCUUCUGCCAGCUGUUUUGAUGCUUGGCUUUAAGAUGAACAUUUCGUUCAGCAGCGUAAGAGUGGUUACUGAAUGUUUAACUUCAGUGCAAGCUGACUCCAGUUCAAAGUGGGAUCUCUGUGUGUGUAUAUGUACGUGUGCCUUCAUGUGAAAAAGGGAAAAGUGGAAGGAAUGAAACAGCAAAUUUACUAAAGCUUUAAAGUGUCCUUCCUUGUUAAAAAACCUACUUGUAAACAUGGAGUUUGUUCUGCUUUUUUUUUUUCUUUUGCAUUGCUGCUUUUUCUGUUGCUUACAGCUGUGGGGCCAGAAAGAAGAUGGCCCUUUCUGUAAUGCUCAUGAAAUAGUUCAGCUUCCCGCAGUUGUGAAAUUAGUUCACAAACAUAACUCUCUUGUACUGAGGUAUCUUGUCUUUUGCAAAUUACUUCUGUUUCAUUUCGGCUGUGGAAUAAUGGAUCACAAGAAGAUACUUUUACGUGAUACUUGUAGUUCUGCCUACUUGAUAUGUACUCUUUAACAGUUCUGUAAGACAGAACUGUACAGCAGCACUGACAAGAUGAGGUUUCUGGGUAUUACCCACUUCAGUGGAGGUCUGUAAGUGUAGCAGAGACGACAGCCAAAGAUGACCUUAGAAGCAGCUAUGUAGGAAAGAUACAGCAUUUGGAGACAUGUUUAAGGACUUCAGUAGGUGAGUAUUGAAAAAGACUUACAGAAAUGUGAAGUAUUGUGUGUCUUACAGACUUGGGAGUUGAGAGAUAUGAGACUUCAGGCCUUAGAGAAAGGGACAGAAGAGCAAGCAUGACCAUAAACCAGGUGAGGGUCUCAAUAAAAAGCAUUUGAUUCUCCUGCGGGACUUUAUUUUAUAAAACUAUAUAAAACCAAAUAUUUUGGAUGAUGGGGGGUAGGAAAGCUUUCAAAAACUGGUCUGAAUUGGUCUUUUCAUAAGUUUUGGAGUGGCUAUUACUUUUUUUAAUUUGAGUUUUCCAUUUGAUUCUAAUCAGUGUAUUGUAAUACAGUCCCUAGCUUCACAGUCAAAAAUGACCAGGCACAAGUGAGCAUUCUUGUAUCUGAAUGUUGUGAUUAUCUGCAUUUAAAUAAAAUGUUUACUGAAUGUUUGUUACUGGCAGAAGCUGAUUUUUACUAGUGUGCUGUUUUUUGUAAUCACUCCUUAGCAGAAUAAAAAAAUUUGCAUCCUU